AUGGAUGCCCUUCCUCCUGCUCUUCAGGCUCCAGUUGACUGUGGUCGACGCCUGCUGCCUGCUGUGCUAGAUGAAGUUGCCAUCACCGAUCCCGAGCGGGUCUUUGUCUCUGUUCCACGCAAUCCAGAGAACGUGUCGGCUGGCUUCCAAGAUAUCACUUAUGCUACCUUUGCCCAAGCCGUCAAUAAGUGUGCCUGGUGGCUACGGGACCGGGUGGGCAUGCCCAUCGAUCCUCAAACCAUUCUCUACAUUGGUCCUCUGGACAUCAGAUACAUCCUGAUCAUCAUAGCCGCCGCUAAGGCUGGUCACACAGCUUUCUUCAGUUCUCACCGUAAUAGCCUGGAUGCCCAUCUGUCUCUGGUAGAACGCAGUGGCUGCUCAGUUGCUCUGCGGCCAAAGCAGGCGCCAGCCGUCCUCGAUCAAAUCCUGAAGGCUCGAUCCAUGAAGGAGGUGGACAUGCCUGAGCUGGAUUUCUGGUUCACAGACCUGGACCAGGUCAAUCCUCUUCCUUUCACCCUAACCUGGGAGGAGGCUCGCUACAAAACCUUCUGCAUCCUACACACCUCCGGCUCGACCGGUAUCCCCAAGCCCGUCUUCGUUCCCUACGGUAGUCUGGCCAGCAACGACGCCCAUCAGCUCAUUCCCUCUCUCGGAGGGAAGCCCACCCUGAUGAACUACCUGAAGGGGAAGCGGUUCUUCCUAGCCCUGCCAGUCUUCCAUGCCGCUUGCUUGACAUUCGUCCUAGCAUUCAACAUAUUCUCCGGUGUGACUGUCGUCCUCCCGCCCCCAGGACCACUCACCUCCGACGUCGCCAACGAAGUCAUCACUUCCGCCAACCUCGACGGUGCGCUACUGGCACCAUCACUGAUCGUGGACCUAUACAACAACCCCAUCCAUCGCCAAAACCUCAUCAAGCACCUCAACCUUCUCUCCUAUGUCGGCGGCUCCCUCCCCAAAGCCGUCGGAGACGCCCUCUCAACCCAAGUCAAAUGCAUGUCCAUCAUGGGCACAUGCGAGACCCUACUCUUCCCGCUCGAGAUGAACGACGACCCAGCAGACUGGGAAUACGUAACCGUGAGCCCCUUCUUCGGACACGAAUUCCAAUCCAACCGUGACGGUCUAUCAGAGCUAGUCCUCCGCCGCCAACCCAACCACGAGCUCUUCCAGGGCGCUUUCUACACCUUCCCAGACAAGCAAGAGUACCGCUUCGGAGAUCUAUUCGCGCAACACCCCCACCGCCCAGAGUCCUGGGUAUUCCGGGCGCGAACAGACGAUAUUAUCGCUUUCACCACCGCCGAAAAGCUCAACCCCAUCACAAUGGAGAGCGUGAUUGUAGCCAGCCCCAAGGUCAAGUCCGCCGUUAUCGGCGGUCAAGGCCAAUUCCAGGCCUCGGUGUUGAUUGAGCCAUAUGACUAUCCGGCCUCACCCGCGGAAGAGGAACAAUACAUCCAAGAGAUAUGGCCGUAUAUCACCAAGGCGAAUCGUGGAUGUCCCGCUCACGGCCGCAUCAUGAAAGGCUUCGUCAUGCUCACUUCCCCGGAUAAGCCGCUUCCGCGCGCCGGUAAGGAUACCGUUCAGCGUCAUGCGGUUUUCAAGCUCUACGCUGCGGAAUGGCAGGCUCUGUAUGAUAGGAUGCGUCCUCAUGUCGCUGCCCCUGUCCCUACUUCUUCUUCUUCUUCUACUACUACUUCGUCAUCUCCCUCGCUCUCACCCUCUACCCCUCCUCUCCGUGCCGACUCCCCCACCCCCACAAGUAAAUCAGCAUCAGCCCUAACCACCGAAAUCGAAGAAGUCCUCCAACAACUCCUCCCUAAAGCCGUCGAGACAGCCGUCGAAAAAGCCAUGCAGGGCGUUCUCACUCGUCUUCUGACAGGUCUCACUACUGGUUCUGCGCCUGCUCUUUCCCCUCCUACAUCUCCCUCCUUAUCCUCCUCCUCUUCCCCCAAAGCAGACUCUGCCCAUAUCCCCAAACCCGACCUUAAAACCUUCAUUCACGCCCACCUCACAGAAACAUUAGAUCAGCAGCAAGCCUGGACCGACGACUCGGAUCUAUUCCAGUUUGGUCUCGAUUCGCUCAAGGUCAUCGAGUUGAUUGCGGAGGUGAAUAGGUUUCGGAAACAGUGGGAUCCGAAUGCUGCCCCGGUGGAUCAGAAGCUUAUUUAUGCGAAUCCGUCGGUGAAUCAGAUGGUUGGGGUUAUGAGUGGGUAG